UGUGUUUGUUAUCUGUAUUGUGAUAAAUAUAAGUAUUGUGGUGUAUUGUAUUGUCUGUUUUUCUUUCUUCCAAAUUCACAAAAAAUAUUGUUUUUGAGCGUAGCAGUAAUUAUUUUGAUCCCUGUUCAUUAAUCUUUUGCUCUACAGUUUACAGAAUUGUCUAUACUCCAGUGUGAUAAAUAAGACUUAUUUCUAGAUCAGUGAUUUCCCGUGGCACUUCAAUAUGGCUACGAAUAACCCACCCAAUAUCUCAAGUGCCCCGCCUUGUAAUCCAAACGAUCUUCCACCACCGUACGCUGCCGUGGUCGGCAAUCCCCAGUAUGGGUUCGUAGCGCCGGCGGGCGAGCCUUUUCCACCAGCGGAAGGGGCGUUCGCUCCACCGAAACAGUUUACUCCGACGGGGGUUUACCCGCAUCCUGCGACCAGCGUGCCGACGCAAGCGGGCGAUGUGCCUCCACCGAUCGGCAUCCAGGUGCCGGUGGGUGUCGUGAUGCCUCCAGCAGUGGGCAGCGAACCCACCACUGUCACUUGCUACAACUGCGGUAAAGUCGUAACAACAAGAGUCACAUACACAACCGCCUGGCACACUCAUCUGGUCGCUGGAUCUGUUUGCGUCAUUACUAUGGUCUGCUCACUGUGCUGCCUUGGACUUGUACCAUACUGCUUUGACUCAUUCAAGGAUGCUGAACAUUACUGCCCAAACUGCAGUACAUUUAUUGGCAAAAGUAACAAAUGUUAGUUGUAACUUGUUUCAUUUUGACACAAAUCGAAAAUCCCUCAAUUAAUUUGAAUGUUAUUAUUAAAGUAAAUGUAUUUUUAUCAAUAACUAUUAUUGCAUAUAAAUUAUUUAGUUUAAAAAUUAAAAUAUUCAAAUAAAUAAACAUGUAUUUGUAAAAGAAA